AUGGUUUACCAUUCGCCCUACUCAACACCAGAUGACACGCCACUGGCACCCACGGUGGUUGAUGCAUCAACGCCAUGGUCUGACGUCCUACUCGAAGAUUUGCGCACCACGAUCCAGUUUAAUCCUCCUACUCAGCUUAUUCGGAAGUACGGAUACGGUUCUCACAAGACGCGUUUGCGGAGUUGGGGCAAAGUGGUGUGGUUAUGUGUGUUCCUUGUCGCUGGGCUUUGGUGGGCGUUCCUGAGAAGACAAGACGGCCGAUAUCGUGACAACACGAAAAUGGUUCUUGACAUUCCGACCUUGGACAGGUUGCAGUUCAUAGAUGCCAGCCAUCCAUACAUUCGGGUAGACUCCUUCUCCAGCACUGCCAACUUGCAACCUCGAUUGACAAUAUUGCAGUUUGUCGGACGCUGGCUUGCGACUGCAGACGGAACGCAUAAAGAUGGCUCAUUUCCAGGUGUGUAUUUUGACUUCGCCGUCAACGGGAGCUCAACCGUGCUCAUUUCUCUCCACAACAGCGAACAACAGACUCAAUCCUCUGCAAAAGAAUCGACAAAUAUCUCCCCAACUUUGCCCUUUCUACCGUUGACCAAUACCACCCAUGCAGCACCGAUAUCGUUGCUUGUCAGAAUCGAUGAUGAUGAAUAUCUCAUAUUUCCCAAUGCCACUUCGCUGAUAUCGAUAUGUCGGGGAAAUUUGAAUCCGCCCUCACGUCACGAGAUUCGGAUCAUUGCUCCCAUGGUUGGAGGUGAUGCCGUUGAGACACUCCAGAUCAAGGGGAUCUGGAUAGACGAAGGGGGACAAUUGCUGCCAUUCCAAGAUGCUCCUACCGCCACGAACCAGUUUCCGCAGCAAGCGAAGAGCACAAUAAAGAGAAGAAUGCUAGAAAUAGUGACAGACUUGCCCGGAUUUAAUCCUAGCGGAGACAAACAGAAGACCUCUGGCAGUAGCCGUGGAAUUCUGGGAGGUGUAAUGGGAUGGGAGUAUCUGCUCGGAGAAAUGUUUGGCAGUGACCAUGUUACCAUUGGGAACGAUGGUAUGUGCCUCAUCCAGGACUGCCUUGGUGGAAGAGGAUCACCUGCUGGACUUGCAGAUGUGUUCUUUCAAAGCGGUCCUGCUGGCUCAGAGCAGUACACACAUCCUUGGUUCUUCCAGGACUACACUUCGGACGUCAUCGUUAUGAACAUCGGCACUUCUGACUGGGACUCAUUCCAGACGCAUACUCAGGAAUACAACAAAACAUUGUGGGAGCUCAGUGUUACUUUCGAAGAAACCUACAUCACGAUGAUACAGGCAAUUCGGGCUCUGGCAUAUCCCAAAUACUCGGCAGCAACAAUGGAUUCUUCGAGAUACAUUUAUUCGGCGCAGAAUGCAGCUGCAGGUGUCCCUAUCUUUAUCAUGAGACCAUUCCGAGGACAGCUCGAACAAGCAACUCACGCGGUGGUAGACCGAUUACGAACGGACGGCGAUAAAAAUGUGUUUUGGCUCGAUACCUCGGGGUGGUUGAACACCGAGGUGGACUUCGAUGGCCGGCCGGAAGAUCAACAUUUCUUCCUUGAUGAGGAGAGUUCAAAUAAACAAUGGCGUCUGACAGAACGAGGUCACCAAAGAGUGGCAAUUUUGCUUCAUAACCAUGUCUGCAGAUAUCUUGCUCGAGAGGUUGACAAAUGUGCUUUUCUACCACCUGAGAUAUAUCUCGGUAAGGCGCUCGAUCAUGAUGCGAUAAGGCUCAAUGACUUUUUGGAGGAUGAGAAGGAGAAGAAGCUGAAGAAGCUCUUCUGGAUUUGA